AUGUGGAAGGAAAUUACAUCCAAGGUGAAUGCAUUGGGGGUGUGUCUCAGGACAGAGACAGAGGUUCGAAACCGCUGGAGAAACCUGACCCGUGGGGCCAAGCAAAAGUUUACAACAGUACAGAAGGAAAGAGCACAAACUGGUGGUGGUCCUCCUCCAACCCAGCCUUCCCAAGCAGAGAAAAACAUUAUAAAUUGCAUGAAAGACACUGCCUCUUUCCGUGGGGCUCCCGGUGGUCAGGAAACUGUAAUUGAGGGACCAGAAGGAAGAGAGAGAGAUGAAUUAACUUCAUAUCUCAGCUUGAAACACAAAGACAUUUUCAAUUUAUCAGUCAGUUCUGACAUUCCAUCUAUGAUGCACAACACCAUAUCCUUCAUAAUCCAUCAUUCAGGACACAAAGACCAAUUACAACACACAUCACAGUCCAGUGUGGAUGUGCAAUCCAGUACCGUGAAUGAGGAGAUGGAGGAAGUAUGGAGAAAUCGCCUGGACUUUCAUUUUAAUGCCAUCAGUGAUGCCUCAAUUCCUGCAGCAGCCCCAGUGACAGUUGUUCACGAGAUGGUACAGAACAGGACUGACCUGACUGUUAGAUCUGAUGAACAGGAGCCACCACAAAAGAAACCCAAGAAGAAGACGGCUGAUGAUGUAUACAGUCAGCAGUGUCAAGUUUUGGAGAGAAAACUGAUUAAAACCAACCUCCAAAUUCAGUUAUAUGAAAGACUUCACAGCAAGCUUGAUGACAAUCUUACUACAGGGUUGCUGUCUUUCUUGGAUCAGUAG